AUGUCAUGUCCUAGGCCGGACAAGUUGGGUCAUCCUGUAGACGGAAACAACAUGUGGGACCCGAGAAGCCCAGUGUGGCUUCGAAAGUCGAUAGCUGGUCAAGACUGGUCGUUGCAUCGAGUCAUGGCUAUCCUUAAUCUGGCAGUUUUUCCGCGAGCAGGUGAUGAUCUCACGAUCCCAGAAAAGCUGCGAGGGCAUGUGCAGGUAGCGCCAUACAAGGAUCUCGUAGACGGCUUGAGCUCCUCGAAAAUCCGGGCGAUGCUUCAGGACCCUUCAGCAGAGGCUCCUCCAUCUGAAGCACUUCAUCCAGUAAUUUGGGCACGUUUGCAGGAACAUGUGAAAAAGUUCGGCUCCAUCGCCGAAUCCAAGGAUGAUCCUGCAUGGAGCAGAGGUGAAGAGGAGGAUACCCUCGAAGCUCUUGGUCAAGGUGAUGUGUGGGACGACCCUGCAGCACACUAUGAUGCACAAGCUCCAAGUUCGUCAUCCCUUGAAGACAGACAGCAAUCCCCCACGGUGCGCUUGCGAAACUUCAACUCCUUUGCCAAGGCAGUUCUUCUGGAUCAGUUUCUGACGGAUGUCUUGAGACAAGCAGGUGGAGAGGGUCGGUCCCUGUCUGUUUUGGAUUUGGGCUGCGGUAAAGGAGGAGACCUCAAAAAACUCAUGAACUCUGGUGUCACCCACUACCGCGGCGUGGACGUGUCCUUCGCCUCGCUGGAGGUCUUCAUCCAGCGGCUCCAGGAGCUGAACACGGCAGGACCCAGGCAUGGUCUUUUGGGGCGCUCCAAGGGGCCAUUGCAAGUCACUCUGGUCCAUGCAGAUGCUUUUGGGCAGCGGCUGGACUUGAGGCACAACGGACAUGCGAAACUAGAGGGCAGACACUCUUGGUUUCACCUGGUGACCUCGCAGAUGGCAUGUCACUAUGCCUUCAAGUCACAGGAGUCUCUGGAGAUCAUGCUAGACAAUGUUGCUAGCAGCUUGUGUGCUGGCGGCUACUUUGUAGCAACUGUUCCGGACCCUUCCAGGAUCAUUGCCGCGCAGCGGGCCGCCCUGGCGCAGGGACAGCCGUUUGGCCGACUUGGAAAUCGGCUCUUUGGGAUCGAGUUUUCGGAAGAGGAGUGGUCCAAAGUGUCCUCCGCUUCAGCCCUUUGGGAAGCAUCCACUGCGGUGGCAAGUGACCGCCGUGCCUUUGGUGUGAUGUACACGUUUCAUUUGGUGGAUGCGGUUGACUCCUGUUUGGAACCGCUGGUCCAUUUUCCAAGCCUCAAGAUGCUGGCUGAAGCGAAGGGAUUGGAGCUUUGUCUUGCUCCGAUGCCGUUAAGCCAGCUGGUGCUGCGUGAAGGGAAAGCAGAGUUGGGACGACUUCGGCGCAUUUAUGCUUUUGCAGGCGGUAUUUCUUUAGAGUCAGCUGAGGCAAAGGAGCAGCGCGAGGCCAUGGAGUUCUACAUGGCGUUCGCCUUUCGCAAAAAAGAGGCACCAGGUUUGCCAACCUGUCACGAAGUGGCUGAGAGCCUUGGGCUUUCGUCGGAGCAAAGUCUUCCAACAAGUCCAGGGGACAUCGUGACCAACGAGCUGGCUGCUAACAGCGACCGGAGCCACGGAAAAGUUUGUGACCGCAGCAUCUCAAGCACAGUGGAGUUUCGUGCCACGGGGGUCGCUGUUCGUCUCGGGCGGAAGUUGCUGGCACGACUGAUCGAUGUAUCUUGGCCCAGGGCAUCAAGGGACUUUCUUUUGGUCAAGAAAUGGAUGAAACCCUGCAAUACCGCGGCAGCACAGUGGUUGAAUGCCAUCGAAAAGGAUACGACAAGACAGGUGGAAGAAGCUUAA